AGGACUUGAUAUUCAUUCAGUUUACUCAAGUGCCGCAAAACACUCACAGGGUCCGGCUGCUUCUCUAAAGCCUGCUGUAUCUGUUGCAAUGAUCCUCGCUCGAUGCUGCAUGAUUUUGAAUUGCCUUUUCACAGACACUCUGCAGACCGCUGGGGGUGGUCCAUGGACCCCAGUUUGGGAACCACUGGCCUAGCCUGAGCAUCAUCAUCACCUGCCGUGGAACUCGGGGUUGCCGAGCCGCGCUGCCCGGGGAGCGCGGGAGCCGGAUCCCUCCUCUUCAUGGACGGGCCCUCCUCCCCGGUCCCGGAGCUGUGAGAGAUGGCCUCGGCCGACAGCGAGGUGAAGACUCUCCUCAACUUCGUCAACUUGGCCUCGAGCGACAUCAAGGCGGCCCUGGACAAGUCGGCUCCGUGCCGGCGCUCCGUCGACCAUAGGAAGUACCUACAGAAGCAGCUCAAGCGCUUCUCCCAGAAAUACUCCCGCCUGCCUCGCUGCCACCAUCACCACCACCACCUGCAGCAGCAGCAGCCUCAGCCCGCCAGAGAGCGGAAGGCGCCUGAGGAGAGAGCGCGAGGAGGCCUCGAGGCUCCUGUCGGCCGGGGCGAGAGAGACAGCAAGGCCUGCAAGGCCGCAGAGCCCGGCGAGCAGCAGCAGGGCGUCUCUGAGGCGACCGCUAGGCCCGACCAAGUGCCCAUGAGGAAAAGGCAGCUGCCCGCCUCAUUUUGGGAAGAGCCCCGGCCAGCUCCGGGCCCUCUGGGCGGGAACGGCGUCGCCUUCCCGGCGGGAGCCGCUUCCAACUCCUCGUCACCGUCGUCGUCGUCCUCCUCCUCCAAGGACUUGCCCGUCCUUGAGGCAAAGAAAAGUAAAAAAAGCCCGGAUGACGGGACGGUUAGCGCUGCCGAGAGCCCGCCGGGAAGCAGGCCGGACGCUGAGGCCGCGCAGGUGCUGAGCGCCUGGAGCUGCUGUCCAUUUCAGUACCACGGACCGCAAGCCUCUCCCGGCGUCUACCCGCCGCCGCUCGCCGCCUCCCUUCCGCCGGUAGGCCCCUUCCCGGGCCUGGGCCUGUGGAGAAAAAACGCGGCCUCGCCGGCGGAGGGAGAGCCCUUCCGCAAGGCGGGCGGCGGCGGGGCAGGCCCGAAAGUGCACCGGCCGGUGGUGUGGAAGCCCAUCCCCACCAAGCCCGCCGCGCCGCCCCCCAUCUUCGGCGUCUUUGGUUACAUCUAGGCCUGGCGGGCCUGUAGUCGCCGCCGCCUUGCAAGGGCCUCGCCUUUCGCUGGACCGUCCGCAGCGCCGCCUCGCCGGCGAUGGAGGGAGCGGGGACAAAGGCCUGAAAGAAUGGCCGGCCUGAUUCUGCUCUCCCUCUCUUGUGUGGGGCGAGAAUCCGGACCCUCGCAAGGACGGACCACCCGCGUUCUCCCCCUGGCUGGGUUGGCCAAGGAGGCAUCAGGAACAAAAAUCAUGAUGGUGAAUUUAUUCAGGAGUUGGCUACCUUUCUUCCCCCUCCUCCCCCCGUACAGUUGCAGAAGAGGAUGUGCAAGGAAAGUGCAAAGCUUCACUGCCACUAAUAUGGGCUUCUGCAAACGAGAACUGCGUUCCUCCUGGCAUGUAAAUACCAAGGGCACUAAAGCAAAUAAAAAGCCAAUGAGUUCUU